AUGGACGAUGAAGGAGUUAGCUCUAUUUGUGCUUAUAAAAUCCCUAAAAGCGUCAAAGAUUUGCAACGUUUUUUAGACAUAGUGAAUUAUGUAGGUAACUUAAUUCCGAAUUAAGCUAUAAUAACAAAACCGCUGAGAGACCUUCUAAAAAAGAAUAAUGAGUUUGUUUGGACAUCGGUACAUUUUGCAUGCGUAACUUAAAUCGAUUAUACUCAUUAUAUUAAUGAGAAUUUCCAAAAAUAAAUUCUUUAAAGUACCACUCAGGGAACAAUUCCUUUCAGUAAAGGUACUAUACUUGAUAAUUGCAGAAUGUUUUCUGGAAGAAAAAGUGUUCACAUAAAAAAAAAAAAAAAAAAAUUAACAUCAUUGUAUAACCAAUACAUUCUUCGUUCCACUUAAAACCUAAACUCAAAAAAUGUAAUAAAAACUUUACUUACCGAUAAAUUAUCUUACUUUACUUUACUGAAGUAAUAAUACCGAUUAAAUGAAAUUAAUAUUUAGAAAAUAGUUAUAAAAAUUCUAUAAUUUUGUCUUCAAAGUGUUGUCAUGAAACAAUUUUAAAUUGGUGUUUUAUUAUUCAAAAUUUCUAAAACCUAUUUCAAUGGCUUUUCGUGUGUUUCACGUGAAUACAAUUUGUCUAUAUUGUCAGUUAGAAAAAAAGCUAAUAGACGACUAAUAACUUUUUUUUUUUUUUAAUUUUAACUUUUUGCUAUGAAUCUCGUAUGCAAAAAUAUCGUAUGAAUAGACACAGUGAACAAUAAAUGACACUUUAUUUUUCUACUAGGUGUGAAAUAUUAUUACUAAACAAAACAGUAUUUAAUAAUAAGUUUUACAAUUAUAAAGGUACCAAUUCUAAAGAUAAAAAUAAAAGACAUUGUUUAAAUGAUAUUUUAAUUGAAUAUAAUAUUAAUGGAAUAGAUAAUAAACAUAACAAAUUUAAAUAAUUUGUUAUAAUAAAGAAUAAUAUAAUAGGUAAUAAGUAAAGGUAUAAUGUGCAGUGUGCAUUUAUAAAAAAAAAAAAUAAACAAAACAAUAAAUUAUAAUAAUAUUAAAAUUAUAAAAAAUAAGUGUUAGUAUAAGAUGGGGGCAAGUGAGCGACAAUAAUAAUAUAGAAUUAAUAAUAUUUUCAUUUCAAUCGAAAAUGUGCUGUAUUUAUAUAUACCUAUUCGUAAUAAUUCUUUACAAAUUCUAUACUUAAUAAUAAUUCUUAAUUAAAGAAUCUAAAGAUAACAUAAAUGAUAUAUGUCUUAUUCACAUUAGUGAUGUUGAACUUGAUACAGAACCAUUACACUUACAAGACGACGACUACAUUGCAAAUACUAAUUCAUUACCACCAUUAUCUGAAGAAGUAAUUAUUUAUAAAGCUGGAUUUAUUGCACAUCAGUUAGAGAGUAAAAUCAAAAGUUGCAUUUGUGUUAAUACACUUUUUGAAUAA